AUGGUGCAGAAAUCCCGCAACGGAGGCGUUUACCCGGGACCCGCCGCUGAGAAGAAGCUCAAGGUGGGCUUCGUGGGGCUGGACCCCGGAGCCCCGGACUCCAGCCGGGACGGAGCGCUCCUCAUCGCCGGCUCUGAGAGCAGCAAACGGGGCAGCAUCCUCAGCAAGCCCCGCUCCGGGGUCUCGGGCAGCGGGAAGCCCCCCAAAAGGAAUGCUUUUUACCGCAAGCUGCAGAAUUUUCUCUACAAUGUGCUGGAGAGACCGCGGGGCUGGGCUUUCAUUUACCACGCAUACGUUUUUCUACUAGUUUUCUCCUGCCUGGUGCUGUCUGUCUUUUCAACCAUUGAUGAGUACCAGAACAGCUCAGAAGGGGCCCUUUACAUCCUGGAAAUCGUCACCAUCGUGGUGUUUGGAGUGGAAUACUUUGUGAGGAUCUGGGCAGCUGGCUGCUGCUGCCGCUACCGGGGCUGGAGGGGAAGGUUGAAAUUUGCCCGCAAGCCAUUCUGUGUCAUCGACAUCAUGGUGUUGAUCGCAUCCAUUGCCGUGCUGGCAGCGGGGUCCCAAGGAAACGUCUUUGCCACCUCAGCACUCAGGAGUUUGAGGUUCCUGCAGAUCCUGCGCAUGAUCCGCAUGGACCGGCGGGGUGGCACCUGGAAGCUCCUGGGCUCUGUGGUUUAUGCACACAGUAAGGAGCUGAUUACUGCCUGGUAUAUUGGCUUCCUGUGCCUCAUUCUGGCCUCUUUCCUGGUGUACUUGGCCGAGAAAGGAGAAAAUGAGCACUUUGAUACAUACGCAGAUGCACUCUGGUGGGGUCUGAUCACUCUCACCACCAUCGGCUACGGGGACAAGUACCCACAGACCUGGAACGGGCGGCUGCUGGCAGCAACGUUCACCCUCAUUGGUGUCUCCUUCUUUGCCCUCCCAGCUGGCAUCUUAGGUUCAGGGUUUGCUCUGAAGGUUCAAGAGCAACAUCGACAAAAACACUUUGAGAAGAGGAGAAACCCAGCAGCGGGUCUGAUCCAGGCUGCCUGGAGGUUUUAUGCCACCAACCUGUCCCGGACAGACCUGCACUCCACCUGGCAGUACUACGAACGCACCGUCACCGUCCCCAUGUACAGCACGCAAACGCAAACGUACGGUGCCUCCAGACUCAUCCCUCCUCUGAACCAGCUGGAGCUCCUGAGGAACCUGAAGAGCAAAUCAGGACUGACAUUCAGGAAAGAGCAGCAGCCCGAGCCAUCGCCAAGUCAGAAGGUCAGUUUGAAAGAUCGUGUCUUCUCCAGUCCCCGCGGUGCUGGCACCAAAGGGAAAGGCUCUCCACAGGCUCAGGGCAUCCGGAGGUCCCCCAGCGCUGACCAGAGCAUCGAGGACAGCCCAAGCAAAGUGCCCAAGAGCUGGAGCUUCGGAGACCGCAGCCGAGCCCGCCAAGCUUUUCGCAUCAAGGGAGCAGCCUCGCGGCAAAACUCGGAAGAAGCAAGCCUCCCUGGAGAAGACAUUCCCGAUGAUAACAAAAGCUGCAACUGCGAGUUUGUGACGGAAGAUUUGACGCCGGGACUGAAAGUCAGCAUCAGGGCAGUGUGCAUUAUGAGAUUCCUUGUCUCCAAGCGCAAGUUUAAGGAGAGCCUUCGGCCCUACGACGUGAUGGAUGUCAUCGAGCAGUAUUCUGCUGGGCACCUGGACAUGCUCUCCCGGAUUAAAAACCUUCAGGCCAGGAUAGAUAUGAUUGUGGGUCCCCCACCCCCUUCAACUCCCCGGCAUAAGAAGUAUCCAACCAAAGGACCCAUGUAUUCUUCCAAAGAGUCUCCCCAAUACUCGCCUAGAGUUGACCAGAUCGUUGGGAGAGGAUCUUCCAUGACUGACAAGGAUCGAACCAAAGGGCCGGCAGAGGGGGAGCUGCCUGAAGACCCCAGCAUGAUGGGCAGGCUUGGAAAAGUUGAAAAACAGGUUCAGUCAAUGGAGAAGAAACUGGACUUCCUGGUGAACAUUUACAUGCAGCGGAUGGGAAUCCCACCAACAGAGACGGAGGCUUAUUUUGGGUCCAAAGAACCAGACCCAGCACCUCCCUACCACAGCCCCGAAGACAGCAGGGAGCACAUUGACAAGAACGGCUGCAUCAUCAAGAUCAUCAGGUCCACCAGCUCCAUGGGUCAGAAGAACUUCUCUGCCCCACCAGCCCCGACCAACUCCUGCCCGCCCUCAACGUCAUGCCAGCAGCAGGUCUACCAGAGGCAAAGCCACGGUUCCUCGCCCGUUGGAGACCCCGGCUCGCUGGUGCGCAUCCCACCGCCGCCCUCCCACGAGCGUUCCUUGUCUGCCUACAGCGGUGGGCACCGGGCGAGCGCCGAGUACCUGAGGAAUGAAGACAUUACAACCAAACACCACGAGAGUGCCAUGAGAGACAGCGACACGUCCAUCUCCAUCCCCUCAGUAGACCACGAGGAACUGGAGCGCUCUUUCAGUGGCUUUAGCAUCUCCCAGUCCAAAGAGAAUUUGGACAUCCUUAACAACGGUUGCUAUGCAGCCGUGGCCAAAAUCAGACCUUACAUUGCAGAAGGGGAAUCAGACACCGAUUCUGACCUCUGCACGCCCUGUGGUCCUCCUCCCAGGUCAGCCACGGGUGAAGGACCCUUCAGUGACAUGGGCUGGUCAGCCCCCAGGCAGUGAAACCUUCUCACAGCUGCCGAGCCAUGUCCUGGCAGCUGCCUGCUCCAGCUGUCCACGUCUGAAACUUCUCAAGGAGAUUGACAGCUAAGGUUUUCCUCCUUCUAGGACAUCCUUAGCUGGUGGAUACUUUCUUGCAGCAUACUCUGGGGGGUGAAUGAGCAGGUGUGAGCCUGCAUUUGUGGAAGAGGUCAUGAUGGUGAAUGAACUGGAGCUUUGAAAUCCAGUUUUCUUUCAUACUCUCUAAGAUCAUAAGGUGAAAUUAUUUCAUGGGGCAGGGUAGUAGAUGAUUUGCAUUUCUUGGGAAUCUUCAGAAGUGCAGGGCAGGAAUAGACCACGCAGCCAGGGCUUUUGGAGGUCACAGUAAGUGGUGGCUGACAAGUGUUAUGUGGGAAUUGCCACACCAUGGCAUUGGUGAUGACACCUUUAGGUGUUCAGGAGUCACAGAAUGAACACGUGUUUGUCCCUGGCUUAGAUUUCAGGUCACGUAUAAUUACAGGGGGUUGUUACUCUGUGGUUCCUCAUCAACCAUCAAGAAGGUGGCAUAAUUCCAAUAUAAUACAUGGAAACUUUGCAUAGGCCCCAGGAAGAGAGGGAUAGCGACUGGAAUCUUGACAUGAACAGAAAACAUGGCCUCAAAGUGGGGCAGGUCAGGGUACCACUCCGAACCAGAACAGUUUGGAAAUUAUCCCAUCUUAGGAAACUGGAAAAACUCAGAAAUGUGAGCUUGAGUGCAAAAAGAGACACCUCAGAGGGCGGAGAAAUGAGACAGAAAAGGAGAAUAAGUGGCUGUGGGGCUGGAGUUGUAUGUUUUAAACCAUGUAUUAUAUUUAAUUAUCUCGCCUCCUUUUGACAACAAACCUGGAGAUGCUUGGGAAGCAAAGGUAAACCAAAGGCAACCCCUCCGGAGGGCUGCCAUGGGGUAAAGCCAUACUCAUGGCCAACAGGGCUGUUGUGGAGGCCCAGCCACCAGGCCAAGGGGCAAGGGUGGAUAUGCAAGAUGCUGUGGUCCCCGCGUUGCUGCGAGUUAAGUGCUGAGCUCCGUCCUUUUGAAGCCGUGUUGGUCAGAGCAGGCACUUUUCGUACAGUUUGCAUCGUGCCUGAACACUUUUGCACACACUAUGCCCCAUGAAAAUCUUCCCUUUCUUCUUCUGCCCUGCCAAGAAUCUCUCACCCGUGUUCUCAGGACAUCCUUUGGUUUUGUUUGGAUCUCUCAAGCUAAGACACGCUUCUUCGUUUCUUCGUGGUCUUUCAGAAGCCUCUUCCCCAUGUUUGCCAGUAGGGUGUGCCAACCCAAGUCUGCCCCAUGUCCUUGUUGUUAAAAUACUUUCUCUUGGAAAGACCAGUUGUUACCGGGAACCUCAGCAGCGUGUUCAGCUGGGGGGAGGUGAGGGGAAAAGUGAUGCUUGAAAUAUCUUUUUGGACCAAAAUGAGUCACAAAGUGAUCUUUUCAUGAAGAGGUUGGUUAGGUUUUGUUGCAAGAGGGUGGAUCAGGAGGAGUGUGCGUGGGAUCCAUCUCCAGGGCUGGGACACCACGGCUGGUGUUGUGCCUCUGAGCCCUCCCAUGCAUCUACAGAUCCUGUGUGUGUUUCCUGCCGGGGCUGUGAUUUCAAGCCCCCUCUCUCCACAUUUUCCUGUGUUGGAUCAAGAUCUUGUUAAGGAUAUUUAGGUGACAGCUUCAUUCCACAUUUUCCCGUGUUGGAACAAGAUCUUGUUAAGGAUAUUUAGGUGACAGCUUCAUUUCUGUGUCGCCUUGAGAGGCUGAACAUGGGCUUCCUUGCAGCAAAGGGGGGAUCACAGCUGCCCUCUCCCCUCCCUUUUUCUUGAGCAGAGGCAGUGACCAGGGGAGACUCAGGACUACUUUGGCCUUAAGGGAGAUGUGGGUGCAGUCUCAGAGCUUGUGGACAGGAGGUAAAGCCAUCUUUUCCUAGUAGUGAAGACCUUCCCAUGGGAUUGAGGAGUGGGAAGAGGCUCUGCAGAAUUUUUCCUGCCAUUUUUCACCAUUUGGGAGGCGAAAACAUUUUUUCUUAGAGGGAACCUGGGCUUCCAGCCAUGCUAAUUCCUUUCUUUCCCAUUUGAUCCAUUUUUUUGUUAACUCCUGCAGCUUUUCCCUCUCUGCUUGUGCUCCCAGACUCCUGUUGGCUCCACAUUUCUUUGUGCAAAGUGAACCGAGUGAUGUCCUUGACUUCGACACCAAGAAACCUUUAAAUGCAAAAUGGCUGCAAAUUGUGCAGAUUUUCCCCCUAGUGUGCUGCAAAAUGAGAUCUUUUGGUAGAGCAAGAAAUGUCAGCAGGUCCCAAAUCACACUUGGUGGCCUGUGGUUUCUACAAGACUUGAAGAAUGGAAAUUGAAUUGGCUGAGGCAACAGGCAGUGUUGCUCCAGCCAGCUGCUUGCUGCACAUUUUCUCCAAGUCAGAGAUAAGAAAGAUUUAUUAUCUAUUUGUUUGCAAUUCUUUUUAGAGGCCUGCUGGAAAUUUGGCACAGAAGGGUAUGAUAUAAAGGCAGAAACUCCAGAUAAGGAUGAGGAUGAUGUCAUAUGGUCCUAUUUCAGCCCAGGUACGUGACUGGUCUUUCAUACAGGAGACAGAGUUAGCAGGACUUCAAGGCACAAUUUUUGCAGGAUGUAGUUUUCAUCAUGUCUU